AGAAGCUUAAACUCUUGUAAACUUGUAUAAGUACCCCACAUAUGUAUCAACUCUCUAAAUUUUUCUCUUUCUCUCGGUAGAAAAAACACAUACAUAUAUAUGGAUAUGGCAGAGCUAGAGUAUCAGAGUAAAAUAAGUAAUGGAGGCUUGAAGCUCUUUGGUUUUAACGUAACAGAAGAAGAAGAGGUAGAAUCCACCAAAAGACGAGCAGGGUCGUCGGAGUCUGGCGUUUUUCCGACGCCCGAAGGACGGAAAUACGAGUGCCAGUACUGCUGCCGGGAGUUUGCUAAUUCACAGGCCUUAGGUGGCCAUCAAAACGCCCACAAGAAAGAGAGGCAACAAUUGAAACGUGCACAAAUGCAAGCAAACAGAAACGCCGCCGUGUCUUAUAUGAGAAAUCCUAUAGUCUCCGCCUUUGCUCCGCCUCCUCAUCUACUUUCUCCGACGGGUCAUGUGGUUCUUCCCGCGGCGGUACAGCAGUCUCCGUCGUGGGUUUACGUUCCACGCGCCGCACCUCCCUUCCAUGUGUCGCAUGGGUGUGUGUUUCCAGCAUCUACAACUGGGAGGGGUAUAGGGAACUUAUCGUAUGCCAGCAGUGUAGCGGAAUCCAGCUUGACAAGUGUCACGGGUCAACCGGUUAAGGCCCAUUCCGGGAAGCUAGAUGGGCCUUCGUUAAGUAGAUUUUCUAGACCGGAUGGUGGGUCCAAUUUCGAUGAUACAUUUGGGCUUGAUUUGCAUCUCAGCCUCGCGCCAGCCGAGCCGUAGAUUUAGCCGAGAUGUAGUGACGUAGGAAAGAUUGCAAUUUGCAUAGGACAAAAAUGAAUAAAGAAUAAAUUAAAAUCUUGUUCGUAUGCUACCCGGUCCAACCUAGUCCGUUCACAAGAGACACUACACGACUUUGGAGUUCAGGAGUUCAUUCUCAAGAUAAGUUUGGCUUGGCUAAUCAGCUGGCUAGAAAGCCGAUGUUAAUUUAUGGGUAGUCAGAGUUUGUACAUUUUAAGAUUUAUUUAUUUGUUUCUCAAGGAAAAUUUUCUUCAUGCA